GGUAGAAGGUCUGACGUUUGAUCCGAAGUCGGAGAGAGAGCUGGACAAGAUUAUCGAUGACGUCGCUUUGAGAAUAGAUGCAGAACGACCAAGCGUAGGUUUACUAGUAGAAGUGUUGAGUGGGAGUGGCGUGAACACAUCAGGAAGGUCAGGCGAGGUAACCCGGAUGACUUAG